UAAAUUUUGUUUUUUCCAUAAAUAACAUAAUUAUAAUGAUUAAAUGAACAAAUUAUAUUUUUUAUUACUUUUUUUCUAGUGACGAUGGAUGAAAAUGAAGCAGCAAGUGAAUGCUUUUGUCUUGUUACAUCAAAUACUUGUGAGAAACCAUCCAGCAUGGGAACUUAUAUUUUAAAAUGGAAAAGAUGUUCACCUCUUGCUGAAACUCCAUGUGUAGAAACAAUCUUAAAUCUUCCCAGUGUUACCGUACAGAGUACACCUCUAUUCCUUCAAUUUGAAGCUCCUGCUCACGGAUGGUUACGUACUCCAUUAACCAUUUCGUAUAAUCUACAUAAUCGUACCGUGACCGUUCAAGACAUAGAAUUAUUUGUGGAUAGCAGCGAUGCCUUCAUGUAUGCAGGAAAUAAACAGCUGCAUUUCCGAAUACUGCCGAAGAGCGUCUACAAGCUCUCUUACAAUCUGUAUCCUUUAAUAUCGGGUUACGUGCCAUUACCACGACUGAGGUUAAUUUUGAAUCCCGGCAACUCCAAUGCGGUGGCAUUAGAUGACCUGAUGCAAGAAAUGUUGCCGAGCCACAUACAUAUUAUGCCACAAGGAAAGAAUUUAGAAAGAACGGAACAACCCAACAUUCCAGUCGUAAUGUAAAUAAUCGAACAAAAUUUCUUACGACAUAUCCGAUGUGAAUAAUUUCAUUUGACGUAAAUAAAUUAUUUGAGAACUUAUUUAGGGAAAAUAUUUUCCCUAAAUGAGUUUUGCUUUUUGUUUAUUUUAUGAUUUUUAUAAUUAGAUGUCAAAGAUGGGAAUAUAUCAACACUAAAGUAGGUUGUAUAUAAGUGACUCAAUUUUGAUUUCUGUGUCAAUUGAAUGGGUUACUGAAUUGUUAACAAGAAAAAUGGGAAUAGUUUAUUACAUUUUAAGCGAUAUUCUUAACAUCUCUAGAAAAGACAAUAUAAUUCUGUAAAUACGACUCACUGUCAAUAAUCCAAAUCAUUUUUGAUCCCAGUUAGUUUGCAUUAUCAACAAAGGGUAUUUUAAUCUCCCUAGGCACUAAUAAAGUAGAAAUAAAACAUUAUAUUUUAUACUUAUAACUUAAAAUGAAAUAUUUAUGGAUGUUUUUUGGUUUCUCUACUCUGAGACACUAAGAGGGUCUUUUAAAUCAUGGCUGCAUGUGCAAUUUUCCACUGAUUAUUAUUUUUUUUUUU